UCUUAUUAGAUGUCCCCACUGGUCGGGAGGCGCAUCAUUAUAACCUAUAAGAAAAUAAUCCCUCUGAUUGAGGAUUAAAUGAUAAACAUAAAUGUUUCGUGUGCAAGUAUAAACUGUAUUUUAUUGGUUGUAAAUUUUUUUAAUGUAUUUAGUUUUGUAAAAUGCGUUUAAAAAGAGAUUCAGUUCAAAACAGCGACAACGAAACCACUGGAAGUUCGGUAAAGUCAGUUGACAGUUAUGGGGUGUUCGGCACCGGAUGUUCCGAUUGCUCGGACUGUGAGGGCGGAGAAGACAGGAAACGAAUUUAUAAAUAUGACAAACUGACGACGAGAUCGACUAGCUGCACAAGCUUUCACAGCACGGCUGAUCACGAAGCUUACCCUCUGCUGAUGGCGGCUAAUUUAACUAGCACAUAUAAGACGAUCAGCUCAAGUUCUGACACAUUGGGCCCGGCGGAGUUAUCCGGGAGUGACAUCUUAGCAACCUACAAACGAACAAUGGAGAAGAAUGUCAAAUCAGAGAAGAAUAAGCAAAGCUCUCUUGUAACCAUUUUCUCAAUAUGGAACACAAUAAUGGGUUCAUCCCUGCUGACGAUGGCGUGGGGCGUGGAGCGCGCGGGGUUGCCGUGCGCCCUUUUUCUGCUCGCCUUCAUGGCGGCCCUGUGUCUCUACACGGCUUACAUUCUUCUCAGAGUUAACGUGCACCACGGCGGCGACAGCUGCGAGGUGCCGGCGCUGUGCCGCUCGCUGCUGGGCACGGGCGCGGCGGGGCUGGCGCACGCCUUCAGCCUACUCGUGCUGCUCGGGGCCAACAUCGUCUACUGGCUGCUCAUCACCAACUUCCUCUACCACACCGUCAACUACUUCAUGGAUGUGAAUACGUCAAACUCGACAGUUUACAACGCAAGCCUCUUGUGUCCCAAGCACGACAAUCUGAUCACUCCCUCUGACCAACCGAUAGUCGACCCCUCGCCGUAUUGGGGUCUCCACACCACAGUUCCCUUUUACGUGGCAAUCAUCGUUUUUCCACUUCUCUGUUUUAAAAAUGUCUCAUUUUUCACCAAAUUCAACUCUUUAGGAACCCUAUCGGUGUUCUACCUAUUACUGUUCGUAAUGGUAAAGGGCUGGACUUGGGGAAUCAACAUGGGGGAAGUGGAGGUGACGGAGCGGAAAGGGGGCAGUGACGCGGCCGUGCUCAGUGGAAUGCUCGCACUUUCAUUCUACAUCCAUAAUAUCAUAAUCACCAUCAUGGGCAAUAAUGCGAGACAAGACAGAAAUGGUCGCGAUCUAACGAUAGCUUUCCUGCUGGUGACUGUGACUUACACGUUCGUGGGCGCCAUCUUUUAUAUCUGCUUCCCGCUCUCCAAGUCGUGUAUAGAAGAUAAUAUUUUAAACAAUUUCGAGAUGCAUGACGUGAUGACAGCCAUCGCGAGGGCGUUACUUCUUUUCCAAGUGAUCACGGUGUACCCGCUGGUGGCGUUCAUGCUGCGCGGCGAGGCGGCGCAGCUGUGCCGCGCGCCCGCGCCGCUCGUCAACGCGGGCGCCGCCGCGCUCUGCGUGCUCGUGGCGUGUCUGUGCCCCGACAUCGGCACCAUCAUCAGGUACACGGGCGCCGUGAGCGGGCUGGUGCACGUGUUCGCGCUGCCGGCUUUGCUACAGAUGCAGUCCCUGCGACUGCGAGGGAAGUUGACUUGGUGGAAAGCACUGUUUUACGCUCUCAUUAUAGUCUUCGGGACGGUUAAUCUUGUAAUGCAAUUUUUUAUCGCAUGAUAUUAUACUGUUAAUUAUUUAUAUAUUCAAUAUUUUGUCUCCGUUUUGCAAUAACAUUGAAAAGGAUCUCACAUUUGUACAC